AUGGAGUUGAUAAUGUCACGCGCUAAAGGUCGGGUGUACGCUACUAAGGCCGCAGCUUAUGACGAGGAAGAGCGCGACGAACCCUUGGUGAACGACGAGCUGUUAGCCAAGGCGGGUACUCAAAAGGCGAUCGCGGAUGCAUAUUGCAAGGAGAACGCGCGUAGGGCGGGGGAAUUGAAGGACUGCCUCGUGCUUAUCACGCACCUUGCUAAGAAGGCCUCGGAAGUUGACGCCGGCGCUCUCACCUGGGAGGUGCGUUCCAAAUUGCGCAAUCCCUGCUCCAACAAGGCCCAGUUCACGCGUUCCGGGGAUCCUGGAGCUCUCGCCAGGCAGGCACGGGUGGUGCAGCGUUGGAUCAACGCCAGCCAAGUUAAGCGCGAGGGAGAGUGCAUUGGCAUCGGGAAGCUAUGCAUCGUCGGUUGGACCGACAUUUCUGAAGAGGAGCUCGCUGGGGAUGAGCUUGGGGAUCUGUCCCCUGAUGAUCUUGUCCCGACCAGCGCUCAUCGCAGGGUUCCCUCUUUCCUCUCACCCUCUCCCCCUCCCCCAAUUCCCCCUCUUUCUACUCUUGCCUUCCUCACUCUUUACAACUGCGUUCCUUUAUUUUCUCCCUUCUUUAUACCCCACCUCUCUCUAUGUGCCACACCCUUGGUUCUCUCCCGGUUCAUGAAGGUUUCUAUCUCUCUCGCACCAUCUGACAGGACCUG